CCAUCGCCGCCCUAAGCCCGGCGCGGGAUUUCUCCGCGAGCCGCCUUCUCCGGGUGAAGUUUGAAUUGCAGCCAAACCGAAAUUACCUUUAUAGCUCCUACUAUCAUCACUGCCAGAAUAUCCAGAUGGCUAGUGAAUACUCUACUGUUCAUAACUGUGAUGACAAUGCUUCUAAUAACCAGAACAGCUGCCCGGUUGAGUUUUCUGCUGAAAAUCAAGCUGACUUUCCAGUUGUAUCAGAGGAGGCUACAACUGAAGAUCAGGGUGAAGAGCAACUCGAGGAUCCGCAACUUGACCCGGAUGUUGAAGAACUAAACAAAAAGUUUAUGGUGGCAAGCGAAGAGCUAUAUGACUCGCUCAUGAAUUGUCACUGGCAACCUCUAGAUACGGUCAACUCGAAAAUCCCAAAUGACUUCCAAAGUGUUUAACCGAAAUGCACAAUUUUGCUCAGUCUUUGACUUUUUUUGGAAGCAUGCAUGUCACUACUCCCUGAUAUAUUGGGAUGUACCAGCCUUCUGGGAUUUCAUAGACACAUUUUUUUCUUUUGAAAUUUAAACAGGAUGCUAAAGAAUUAAACAAGCUGUUUAAUAAAAUAUU